AUGGAGUUCUUCUAUGUGACCAUCAAGAACCUGAUGAAGACAGACUCUGGGAGCCUACUGGUGUGGAAGUGGGUGAGAUUUUGGCCGAGACACAUUCCAAGAGGUGCAUCUCAUAGUUACAGAUGGUAAGUUAACACAAUCACAUUAGCCUUUUCAAAUUCCCAGUUUAUUGCUUGUUUAUAGGCUUCAUGUCAUAUUUCCAGUGAGAGAAAAGCAAAAUGGUGACUGUAUUUGUGGAUACCUGUUCUUUGUCUUUCAACACAGCUAAUACAGCUGUCACCCCCAGACCCCAUGUCUCCACAACCCUCCCAAACCUCUCUGCAACAUCUCCAAACAUCUCCACAACCUUUCUGGCAUCUGGAGACAUCAGUGGUCACUCUUCAUCAAGAACAGGUAUGAUGAAUCUCUCAUCUCAGACAUUACAACUAAUAUGUUGUGAUAUGAAAUGCUUGUAACGCUGGAGGAAAUCAAUUGUAUCUGUUCAAGCAUUGGAAAAAUAUCUCUCCCUCUCUCUCACUGCUCUCUCUCCUCUCUCUCACUACCCCCCCCCCCCCCCCCCCCCCCCCCCCCCCCCCCCCCCCCCCCCCCCCCUCUCUCAAAUUUUUUUUUUUCUCUCUCUCUCUCUCUCUCUCUCUCUCUCUCUCUAGAUUAUCCUACAUUGGACUCUCCCAGUGCAGGACAGAGUCAGAGUGCUGGUAAGUUUCAUGUCUACUGACUUCAGUGGUGGCAGAAGUCUCAGAAGUGAGAACUGAUGCGUAGCAUCAGAUUUAGCUAACAGCUCAUUUACAUCUGUCCCAGGGAAGAUUUGAGGCCAUUUAGAUAAGAGUCUCUCAGAGGCCCACAGGAAGUGAUGCAACAUUUUAGGUUUUGUGGAGAGCUGCUGCUGACACCAUGGCCUCCGUUGCUAUGGUUACUAUGAUCACUAUCUUAUUCUGACUCUACCUUUAUCACAACUUUAUCAUCUAUCCACUCUGUAUGUCUGUCUGUCUGUGUGUGUUUUUGUCUGUCUGUCUGUGUUUUAGUCUGUCUCUCUGUCUGUCUGUGUUGUUGUCUGUCUGUCUGUCUGUGUGUGUGUUUCUGUCUGUCUGUCUGUCUGUCUGUGUUUAGUCUCUGUCUGUCUCUCUGUGUUUUAGUCUGUCUGUCUGUGUGUGUUUUUGUCUGUCUGUGUUUCUGUCUGUCUGUAGGUGUUUUUUACUGUCUGUCUGUUUGUUUGUCUGUCUGUCUGUGUUUUUUUUUCUCUCUCUCUCUCUCUCUCUCUGUUUUUGUCUGUCUGACUGUGUUUUGUCUGUCUGCCGGCCGGCCUGUCGGUCUGUCUGUCUGUCUGUCUGUCUGUCACCUGACAGACCCUACCAACCAACUGACCGACCAAACAACUGACCAAUCUUCCAACCUACCUUACUUUACUUUAUUAACUGACCUAUCCAACAGUCUACCGACCAACCCACCAGAUGACCCUGGUAACGAUCCAUCAGUCUGAUAUCUAUAGCCUGUAAAGCAUAGGGUUGAGUUAUUCUGGUCAUUUCUGGAAAACCUGGAAGAUUGGGGAAAGUUACUGAAAUGUUGUAACCCUGAUAAAGUAUCUCCUCCUGUCUGUGGUCAGGUCUGAUGGUAUCUAUGAUAUAUACAGUACUCUGUAAAGUCUCUCCUCCUGUCUGUGGUCAGGUCUGAUGAUAUCUAUGAUAUAUACCGUACUCUGUAAAGUCUCUCCUCCUGUCUGUGGUCAGGUCUGAUGGUAUCUAUGAUAUAUACAGUACUCUGUAAAGUCUCUCCUCCUGUCUGUGGUCAGGUCUGAUGGUGUGGACCAGUGUUGGUCUGGUAGUCAUGGUGACAGUGUUAGGACUGGUCCUGCUCCUGUUCUACAGACAGAGGAGAGGAACCAGGAGAACACCACCACCACCACCAGUCUCCUCCAACACACAACCUGACCCUACUGGAGAGGUGAGAGACACAAGGGCGUGUGUGUGUGUGUGUGUGUGUGUGUGUGUGUGUGUGUGUGUGUGUGUGUGUGUCCAUAAUAACUUGUAGUGGAGGGGAUAUAGACGUUGUGGUAAACUAAACAUCUAAAGGUUGAGUGUCUAAGUCUACAGCGUCCUCUAGUUGGAUUGUAGCUUGUCAUCAUUCCAUGAAGAAACAAAACAGUGGCUAACAUGAUGUUGAUGGUUGAGGGCCAUAUCUGACCAUGUAGUUGUUGUCAUUGGUUCUCUAUGCAGGUUGACUGUGUGUAUGAGGAGAUCAGAGAGGCAGACAGACAGACAGACACAACCCCUGUGGUCAUCUCUUCAGUCCACUCUACCGUCAACUCACCUACCAACUCUAUAACCUACCCUGCUGGAAAAGACUCUACAACCUACCCUGCUGGUCUAGCCUCUAAAACCUACCCUGCUGGUCUAGCCUCUACAACCUACCCUGCUGGUCUAGCCUCUACAACCUACCCUGCUAGCCAAGCCUCUACAACCUACCCUGCUGGUCUAGCCUCUAAAACCUACACUGCUGGCCAAGCCUCUACAACCUACCCUGCUAGCCAAGCCUCUACAACCUACCCUGCUAGCCAAGCCUCUACAACCUACCCUGCUGGCCGUGCCACCGGUGUCCCACACUGUGACAUCUAUGCUAACGCUAUCUGCCACAAAGAUUAUAUAAAUCCAGGCUAUUCUACUGCAGAUCGCCCAGCUUCUCUCAUCUACUCCAAUGUGGAUCUACCCAAAGAUUCUAGAGUCUCUUCAAGCCCUCCAACAGCCAGUGGAACCCAGGAUGAUUCCAUCUAUUCUACAGACUAG